AUGGCUGACGUUUCAGCGAUUUCGCCUUUCUCAGAUCCGUGCCAUUACGAGUGGGAUUCCUACUGGGAAGUGGGAGGCGAGAUUCUGAAGAAGGCCAAAUCGUCGAAACGUCAGCCAUUGACCAACAACAAUAGCGUCAAGUAUACCAGUCUCGCAUCAGCUCCACAAGAUCAGUUCAUACGAAUAUAUGACAAAUUUAUACUUACCGUCGUCUAG